AUGUGCAGAUACUGUACACAGCUGGGGCGCUCGUUGCAAAAGGUCACCGUGAUCUUCAAGCAACCUGCAGUUGCAGGGCACGAUGGAGGACCAAGUGAUGGUAACGCAGGAGCUCGACACGACAGAUCCAGCCCACUGACACGAAGUGGUCGGGAAAGGCUAACCACUUCCCGUCCACAUGCAGAUGAUGAUCAUGGUGGCAAUGCUGCGGUAAGCGGACUAGUAGGAACCGCUGUUAGGGAUAAUGCUUGUAGUUCUUCCAAGAAAGCCAAGUCUGUAAGAGUUCUCUGUAGCACAAUGCCCGUGUCACGGGAUGGACGGGUUGGGAGUAGACGUGCGGAUGGAGGUGUGGAUGGAGGGGCGGAUGAAGGGCCGCUGGAGCACUUCUAUUGCUGUUAUUUCUUUUAUGAUUAUCGGGAUGAAGCCCUCCGGAAGUUGAAAUUUUAAUCACAGUGCUGAUCGCCGCCUUUUUUUUGUCUUGUUGCUGGCCGAAUCUUUUUUUGUUGUCCUCUCUCUUCUCGGGGUUCUGUAUUUACAAGGGGCGGGCGGUCAGUUGUGAAGCGUCCUGCAUCUCCCAUGGCUUCGAUUGGUCGUCACGGGGCCGAAAAACGCGGCUGUAGUUCUGAGGCCUAGGUCGUCGCUGACCCGUGUCUGUUCUCCGUUUAUUUAGUCCGCAUGUGGGUGAUCUUCGUUGUUUGAGCGGUGGAGAUUUUUUUUUUAAGGCCUCGCUCCACUACUCACCAUGUGCACAAAAGACCCAAAAAAUGGUGGUGUAUGUUUCCAUGCUCUAGCGGAAGAUUCAUUCUCAUGUUGCACAUUUGGUGAGUUGUGGAGAGAGGCACUUACUCCACAUUUGUAUGGGUAUUUUUUUAUUUUUUUUCUAACUAUUUUACUAUUUGUUUUGUUUAACUGAUGGAGAUUAAAAAAAAAGUUUUUCCUUUGAUUUUUGACGUGUUUCAUCCUGUAUAGUACUGUGUAUGUAUUACCACCAAUUCCGCGGAACGGAAUUCCGUCAAAUAUAUAGUCCAUGGAAUGCAAUGUAGGACUUCAUUCACCCCACCCCCCACCAUCUUAAUUGAGAAAACUCAUGCAUGUGUCAAUCAACCUGUAUUGGUAGA